AUGAGAGUUCUGUGUGUUGACUGGUCUCUCGGCGAGCAGCUGGAGCUGCCUGAGCGGGGCGCGGUGGGCGAUGGGAACAUGGCUGUCGACGGCAGCAGCGGCAGUAGCGGCAGUAGCGGCAGCGGGCUGGGCGAUGCCUGCAAGCACCACGCGCAGCUGGGGGUCUGCGAGUCGCGCGCCAAGUACCGGGAGGGGCGGAGGCCGCGCGCCGUGAAGGUUUAUACAAUCAACUUGGAAUCUCGUUAUUUACUAAUACAAGGAGUUCCUGCAUUAGGGGUUAUGAAGGAAUUAGUUGAACAAUUUGCAUUAUACGGUGCCAUUGAAGAGUAUCAUGCUCUAGAUGAAUAUCCAGCAGAGCAAUUUACUGAAGUUUAUCUGAUAAAAUUCCAAAAACUGCAAUGUGCAAGGGUGGCCAAGAAAAAAAUGGAUGAACGAAGCUUCUUUGGUAAUUUGCUGCAUGUGUGCUACGCUCCAGAGUUUGAAACGGUCCAAGAAACUAGGGAGAAGUUGCAGGAUAGAAGAAAGUACAUCGCAAAAGCAACAAAUCAAAGAGAUUGCUUUGUGUUAAAACAAGUAGAGGGGCCUAAGAAGACAGUCCCAAAGAACUCCCGGCAUGACCGUCCAUGGAGUACGUCAGGAUCACAUGCAGCCAGUAGCUGGGAUCCAUCCUGCUUUGCAAGUUCUCCUGGAGUAUCCCACAGCAUGGGGUAUCCCUGUGGGAAUCACAGUCAGAGCCUGUUGACAUUUCCUCAGUAUGAUAACAAUUCUGCUGAAACUUCUGGGCACUUUGGUCAGAACACAUCCCUAACACUAAAUGCACAUCCAGUAGAACAUACUCCACCAAACUCCUUAAUGCAGCAAAGGACAGUUCCGGUUGAUAAUGGAAUCAAUCGGUUUAUGCCUCGGACAACUCGCCUGCAAGAACGUAAGAGGAAGAGAGAAGAAGGUACCAAGUUUUCCCUCAUUGGAGCAAGUAUGGACAAUGCUGAAGUCGUCAUUGGUCCACAGCUACCAGAAAUACCUAAAGUAGAUCUGGAUGAUGAUUCACUGAAUACCUCAGCGACAUUAAUUCGAACUAAGUUGAAAGAGGUAGCAGAUUCUGUGUCAAGAACAUCUGUGGAAAAGCCAGAGUGUAGCUCAGCCAAACCACUUGUAAAGCAGAGAAGAAGAAUAUAGAUACUGCUGGCAGCAUUUUCCUACAGUCCUUCUUUUUCCUCAAAGGAUUUACUUUAAAAUACUACUUUUAUGUCAAUAAUAAAAUUACUUUAUAUUGUAUUUCCA